CUUGCACCCAAAAGCGAUUGAAGUUGAGCCAAUUCGAUUCCCCCCCUCACUCUGAACAAUGAUGGAAAUCGUAACUGAACCAACCCUGAUCGAAACUCUUCUGCGAAGAGUGGCCUUGCAAACCAAGGGUGGCGUGGAAGCUGGAGUGACUGAUAAGCUUGCUCGAGAAGCUCUGCUCAAUUCCCUGCGCCAGUUGACAAUAGCGUUAGAGAGCCCUGAGGAUGUUGUCAAUAGGGUGGUGUUCUUCCCUUCAACAUACAUGUGCGCUCGAGUUGCAAUUGAUUUGAAGUUAUUCGAUAUUAUUGCCGGAUCGAAGGGAGCGAUUGCAUCGGCCGAACUUGCAACCAAAACCAGAGUUGAAGAGCAGCUCCUAGUCCGCAUCCUUCGUGGAAUCACAUUUGCGGGUCUGGUGACUGAAGUGGGCGAGCAGCUCUACGAAGCAAAUGCAACCACCCAUCACAUCAAAAACCCCUCUGUUCAAGCCGGGAUAAUUCAUCUUUACGACCAAGGGCUGAAGAGCGUCUGGGCAAUGCCAGAUUACUUCAAAUCGAAUGGAUUCAAACUACCAAGUAACGCUGGAUCCGGUCCCUUUCAGUUCGCUUUCGAUACUCCUCUGGAAACUUACAGUUACUGGGCUACCAAACCUGAAGUUGCCGAUAACUUCAACACCUUCAUGGCGGGGAAACUGAAUGCCACUAGCACCGGUCAGUCUUGGGAAGAGGCCUACCCGGUGAAAGAGAACAUUGUAGAUGGAUUCGAUGCGAGCAUUAGUAAUGCUCUCUUUGUUGAUAUCGCUGGUGGACGGGGGCAUGAAGUAGGCCAGCUGAAGGCAAGAUUUCCAGAUGCACCGGGACGGUUUAUUCUAGAGGACCUUGCUCCAGUGAUCGAUGACAUCAAAGAACUUGACAGCAGCAUUGAGCGCAUCAAGUAUGAUUUCUUCGGACAGCAGCCUAUAAAGGGAGCUCGUACAUAUUUCAUGGGAAACACCAUGCAUAACUGGCCUGAUGAGGACUGUGCAAAGAUCCUCAAGAAUGUGGUACAGGCUAUGGUAAAAGGAUACUCGAGGCUCCUCGUGAGCGAUGAUAUCGUUCCAGAGACAAACUGUCCUUUGAAAACUUUUGGCAGGGACAUUGCCAUGCUAUCUCUCCAUAGUGGCUCUGAGCGAUCUGAGAAGCAAUGGACUGCUCUUCUCGAGCCGGCAGGACUCAAAGUUGUCAAGUUCUGGUAUUUUGCGAAGGGAGAGGGUCUCAUAGAAGCUGUUUUGAGGGAUUAAAGUAUUCCAUUUCAAGCAAUAUUACUCAUACACAAUCCAAUUCAAUCUUUGCCAACGUAGCUCGCGUGGUCCUCGAAAGUAGUUCAAGUUGCUCUCCCAAAGAUCAUGGAAUUGACCCCAUAAUUAACCGUAAUUCUACAAUUUCUGUCUCGUUUUGGACCAAGGGCAAUUCGAGCAAAUCUCGCUUGGAGCCCCAACU